AUGGCAUGGUUUCUGCCUCCAAGAUCUAUCAGUCUAAUGGGAAGAUGGUCACCGAAAGAGCUAACUGUGAGGUAGGUAAUAAAUAGUCCCAUUCUAAGGGGACUAUGUACCAGCGCUACUGACCCAUGUCUGAGCUUUGGCUCAACAUCCUUGGAUAUUGACCAAAACCUCGUCAUCCCAUGCGGGCUGGGGUUGCUUCUUCUGUUCCUGUGGUACCUGGUGAGCUUGCCAUUUUCACCUACCUUCAGUAAAACCAAAGACAUCCGAAAGCAUCAGGGCAGAGCCAAGAGGAGAAGGAAAGGUGGAACACCGAAAGGUUGGAGAUGUCACCAGACAGAAACAGAGGAGAAAACGAAGCUGAUUUCUAUUCUGAAAAGCCCCCUGGGCCGGCAUGAUGACACCACCCGCUUUCGUCAACUCUUAUGUCCAGACCCCUUCUGCGAGGUGUGUAAUAAGGCAACUGCUGAGGUCAAUCGGCUGCUAUUCCCAGAGGCCCUGGAAGAUUCUACUUCCUCUGUGUCCCCGUUGGCUUCCACAGGUCCUGUGACUGAGUCAUCGUUUACUCUGUCCCCUGCCUUCUCUACAGUCCCUCCAAGAGACCUAACAGCAGCCUCUCUGCUUGAGCCUUCCCCACUGCCCCCCUCCGUUCUCUCCCCUAACCCAAUGACCCCCUUAGUUGACUUUUUUUCACCCUCACCACUGGGUCAUUCUCUGGCACCACAGCCUUUUCCUUCCUUGGAUUCCAAAUUCCCUGUGGACUAUUCCCCACCCCAACCCCUUGCCUUUCCCCCUCUCCUACCACAUGACACUCAGACAGCAGAUCCUGUUCCCCCACGAGAGGCCACUUUGUCUCCGGAUACCAUUUUCUCUCUUGACCCCACCCUUUCCCAAGAUAUCAAUCCCUUAUCAGAUUUGUCCCAGGCAGUGAAUCACCCCGAUUCUUCUGCUUGUCAUCAUGCACCACCAACUCUGUCUGUUCCACCACAGCCAGACUGCACUUUAACUGUCACUCAGUCUAAAUCAAUUGCCAUCUUAUUGAAGCCUGUUCCCGAGAACUCACUUCCAGAAAGCCCUGGUGUGUUGUCCACUUAUGUCCCAACACUCAGAGGCACUGAUCAUUCAAGCUUGUCAAUUUCAGACUUCUCCUGGUGGCAAGCUCAUGCCAAAGACUUGUUCCCUUCCACGUUGGCACAAUGUGAUUUCAAUCAAGAGUUUCUUGCCCUCCAUUCUUCAGAGGCCUCUUUUGGGGGAGACCCUGCAGCCAACCUUGUAGAGCCUGGUAACCUCUCAUUUCUCAGCCCUGAUGUCCUGGCACUCCUGGAGAGACAAGUCCAAAAGAGGAGCGAUUUCCUGAUGUGGAAGGAAAAGGAAAAUAAAAAAGAUUCUUUUCCAGAACAACUUAGGCCAGACUACCAACAAAAUUCUUCAUGGAAAAUGUUAGAGUCAAUUGCUGAUAAGCAUGACUCAGCAGUCUGCCUUCCCUUCUGGAGCAGCAAAGACAAACCAAAGGAGCUGCAUGUGCAUCAGCAGCCCCCAUAUCCUAAGACCCUGGAGGACCAUUUACAGCAAAAACCUAUCCAGUUCUUCUGGGGUCUCCCAUCUCUGCACAGCGAGUCCUUGCCCUCUGCUGUCCAUGUCUUGGCUGACAGUUCCUCAAUCUUUAUUUUCAAUAGAAACUCGAAUGCCUCCACAGGCCAAGAAUCACCAGUGCUUCCCGAUCCCCUACCUCUGUCCUUGCCUGAGAUUCAGCCUGAACCCUUGCCUCAAACCUUGCCUCAAUCUCAGCCCCUACCUCUCACUCAGGUCCAGUCCCAGGCCGACCCUCAGUCCCCACUCCCAGUCAUAUCAUGUGAUCCUCUACCCCAGAUUAGGAUCUGUGGAGUACGUUUCCACAGACCUCAGGAUGAGUCAGAGUCUCUCUCCUCAUCUGAAAGUCAACGGCUGGAAUGGAACAUUUUGCAGAAACAACAGGAAAAUUUGUGGGGUUUACCCUCUGUGGUCCAAAGAUCUCAGGAAGACUUUUGUCCAUCAGCUCCUAAGACUCCUCGCCACCGGGCCCCCCAGGCCCAUGUUUCAAUCUCCAUCCUUCCUGGGGAGUUUCCUCUCAGUGAUGAACUUCGGAAGAAACUAGAGCAUCACCUUCGAAAGAGGCUCAUCCAACACCGGUGGGGCCUGCCCCGCAGAAUCUACGAGUCUGUGUCACUGAUACUGCCUCCAAAUAGUUUUUCAGAGGCAUCUGAGUUGGAGAGCAAUAAUGAAGUCUCACUGAUCUCUGUGUUUAAGAGUCAGAGUAGCAAAAAUGUAAAUGUUGGAUUGAGCCAAACUGGAAGCUUCCAUGAGAGGAGCUCAGAAAUGUUCCAGCUAGAGGAAGAUGUGGGGAAGGAUCUGGGACACAGCCUAGAGAAUGGCCCAAAAGAUCACCUGUUGAAUGACCCAAAGAGCUCUUCAGGUAAGGAUCUGGGGUAUGACUCUGAGAAAGACCUAAACAGUCAGAUGGUGAGUCUCUCAGAGAAAAAUUCAAGGGUGUCAGCAGAGAGUCUAGGUCAGAGACAACUUGAAAAUGUCCUAAAAGUACAUUUGAGCAAGAAGUUUGAGGAAAUAAAUGAGGGUCGGCUCCCUGGGACUGUGCAUAGUUCAUGGCAUGCUAUCAAGCAAACAUUGCUUCCUUCUGUGAAAUCCCACACCCAAACAAAACAGAGAAGUUUGCCAUCAUCAGUGGGUGAGGCCUACUCCCUGAAUACCUUCCAGGACCUGACUUUUGUUGAUUCCAGUGCACAACAGAUGCUGGAAGCCCAUAUUAAAAGGUUUCGUAUGAGGAUGUUGUGGGCCCUUCCCGCCAAGGUCCUUGAAUCCAUACAGAUCUUUAAGUUGAAAGAUGCCUCAUCCCAGUCCUUGUCUCAUGCCAACUUGCCCUCCUCAACCAGUGUGAUUUCGGAGGCAGACUGCAAAUCUGGGAGCUUCAAGUCCUUUAGAGGAAGCUCUAAAUCUCUCCAUGGAGACAAAGUGGGAACAACAAAUUCAGCCCCUGUCCUGGAUCGUUCUCUCCCUGCCACCUUACCUGUGGGCAAAGGAGGACAGAGGGUCCUGAGACAAUCAUGCUCUGAUGUCAACCGUGGGCUGGCAGAGGAUGUUCAGAGAAUUAAGGAUGCCAGACAGACUUGUCUGCCUGUCUCACUCUGCAUCACAGGGAAAGCAGGUCAUAGACAGACUCAACUAGCCAACAGAUAUCCCCAAAAGCUGCUUGCAAAGCAAGCUGGGGCCAGAUAUGAGCCGAAGCUUAAGAGUGUGAGUUCCAGUGAUAAAGGAGAAAUGCAACAGGGCAAAAAGGGGGAGAAGUCAGAACCUGUUUCCAUGCCCAAAUUGUCUAGGGAGGUAUUCACGGCUGAGGAGCUUGAUACUCUUCAAUUAAAAACUAGUGACAUGUUGACAACUAGCAAGCCACGGAGCUCCCAAAUGAUAAAUGUGAAUGAGAAUAAAGUAGAAACUACCGUGACCACUGAAAGCCCCCCACCCAAAUUACCAGUUCCCCAAGAUCCUAAAUCAUUAGACCUUAAAGAACAACUGUUCCGUGAGUUAAACUUUAAACUUAAGCAUAGCCAGGCUCAAGGCCAACCCACUGACACGUCCCUCGCUUCAGAUAACUUGACUUGCGAGGCCUCACUGACUCAUGCCCAGGCUGUCUCAGGUGGGGACAUGGGAGCUUCCCAGGUGCUGCGUGUCCAUUUGGAGGACAGAGGAAUCAGGACGGAGCAGCAGCAGGAACCUAAGCAUGCCUUAAGGAGGUGCCAGGAUAAGAAUUUCCCACCGACUGCAAAGAGAGUGAGCCCUCUGGGGCCCAAGGCAGAAGAGCUUGGUGGAGGGGAUACAGGGCUGGGGACAUCCCAACUUAGGAGGAAGAGCUUCCCUACUCAGGACAUGGUACUAGAGGAGACACUUGUGAGCAAGUCUUCCCAGACCCUAUCACAGAAGGGACAGCCUCUUCCUGAAGGCCAUAUCAGAAAAAGAAUGAAGCACUUCUUGCAAUGGCUUUAUUCUGGGAUAAAAUACAAAAGGCAAGAAGAUGCCCAGGAAAAGGGCAGCCCCCUAUCAACUGUGCAGAACAGAGGCCUAGUUAAAAGUAGAGCUGCCUUUACUGGGACAACUGAAGCUCAGAAAAUUGUGACAGACAUCGGGAAGUUCCUAGAGGAGAAACUGGGGUGUCAGCAUGCAAUUGAUGUCACCUGCUCUCAAGAGCCCCUUCCUUUCCCAGUGCAGUUUAGGAAAACUCAGCGAAAGGUGGAAGUGCAGGUCCGGAAAGAGCCUGUCCAGGGGCAUCCUUUCAACUACAGGGCUCCCUCCUGUAAAGUGACAGACACCAAGUCCUGCCAUCAAGAAGCUAUCUUUGCUGGCCAGAGUUAUCCUCCAAGUACAAGACAGAUCAGAGAUAAGAAGAGACAUCCCCAGAAAGUUGUGGCAUUCAAGGACCAGCGACUGUGUCACAGACAUCCCCCAGCAGUGUCCCACAGGGAGCCUGUGCCCCAUCCAAGCCCCACCCGCAGGUGUCAAGCUGGCCAAGCACCCCUGGCUGCGCUCAGCACUGCUGAAGGCACUGUGUUCAGACAUCUGUCUCUACUGUUUAGACAGAAAAGACUUCUCCAGAAUUUCCAGGGAGGAAGACUUCCCAUCCAGAAAUAA